UGGCUCUCGAUGGUCCUGGAGACGGUGGGUAAUCUACUAACAUUCUCUGUCUCGGUAGCCUUCGUUGCGACCCGUGAGACUCUGGCUGCGGGCUUUGCAGGUUUGGUGAUUAGCUACACCCUCAAUGUUACUCAGGGCCUCAGUUGGUUCGUGCGAAUGGCUACGGAACUCGAGACCAAUGUGGUCUCCGUGGAGAGGAUCCGGGAGUACUCCGAGCUGACCAUCGAGUGGUUCACCUACUCCACACUGAAUAUCAUUUUCAAGAAGGUGACUUGGAGCGACAUGAAUUCGCCCAGUGCACCAUGGGAUGUACCAACAAAACAGCCGCCACCUCAGUGGCCACAGGGAGAAAUUGAGUUUGUCAACUACAGUACCCGCUAUCGAGAUGAUCUUGACUUUGUCCUUCGCUCCUUAUCGUUCACCAUUAGUCCUGGAGAAAAGAUAGGGAUAGUGGGUCGGACAGGCUCGGGGAAGUCAUCCCUUGUGCUGGCUCUUUUCCGUAUCAUCGAAGGGAGGGAAGGGGAGAUUCGGGUUGAUGGGCGCAAUAUCGCUGAGAUUGGUCUUCAUGAUCUACGUGGACGCAUCACUCUCAUUCCCCAGGCAAGUCGCUCCUUCCAUUGUUCGUGCUUCUACCUACUUGAUCCAGUGCUCUUUUCUGGUACUCUUCGAUUCAACCUGGAUCCUUUCAAUACUCACUCGGAAGAUGAGGUAUGGGAGGCCCUUACGUUGGCAAAUCUCCGCCCAUUUGUAGAGGAGGCCUCCUGUGACGGCCUUAAGAUGACCAUCGCUGAAGGCGGCAACAACCUGAGUGUGGGCCAACGCCAACUGGUGUGCCUGGCGCGUGCUCUCCUCCGGCAAUCACGUAUCCUCGUUCUGGAUGAGGCGACAGCUGCUGUCGACCCUCAAACUGACCAACUGAUUCAACGCACGGUUCGCAAAGAAUUCGCCUCCAGCACCGUUCUCACAAUUGCCCACCGUCUUGAUACCAUCAUUGACUAUGAUAGGAUAAUGGUCUUGGAUGCUGGGCGCCUAAUAGAGAUG